AAAUAUCAACAAACUGUUCGAUGUAGUGCCUGCGACCUGUUGGCUGCGAAACUCGUGGACAAUAUAAAAGCGAAUAUUUAUAAAUUUUGCACAAAUUUCAAAACUACAGCCAUGAAGACACCACAUAGUAUGGUGUUUAUCAUUUUAUUUUAUUUUUGUCAACCGGGAUGGAGUCUACAAUUAUCUUCGGAUAACAGAAAAUAUGUUAAAUAUCUCACAAACUUCGGUUAUUUAUCGAGAAGGAGUUUAAGUUACUCGAAUGGAAUUACUUACGUCGAUGACAACAGUUUGAAAAAUUCUCUCGAAAGAUUUCAGAGAUACACUCGCAUUAGCACCACAGGUAUGCUAGAUGAUAGUACCAAGAACAUGAUGAAGUUAAACAGAUGUGUCGACCCAGAUGUGAGCCGACGACGUUCAAAAAGAUUUGUGAAGAUUGGUAACUGGAGGAAGAAGCAUAUUACGUACAAAAUAACACAAUACUCUUCAAAUUUAAGCAAGAGAGAAGUAGAUUCGCUGAUAUUUCUAGCGUUUUCCGUGUGGGCGGAACAUGGCGACUUUACUUUUACAAACAGACCCAACGGUCGAAGUGAUAUAGAGAUUCGAUUCGAGAACAUAGAACCACAGGAUGAAUCUAGGAUCACAUUUGGAAAUGCUAAAAACCAGAGGAGGGCCAGUAUAAUAACAUUGAAUGAUGCGGUGUCUUGGUCACAAGAUUAUAGAACGGGUGAACCGAACUUAUUUCAGACGGCAGCGCAUGAGAUCGGCCAUAUUUUGGGCUUGGGACACACCGACGUCACAGGAGCUAUGAUGUAUCCAAUAUAUGAUUUAGGCCAAAAACUUUUUAGUCUACACGAUGACGACAUACAGGGCAUCAAGGAUAUUUACGACAAUCUGGAUGUAGUGCAGUCCUACCCUGGCCGGUUCAAAUACAAAAAAGAUCGAAAUAAAAUAGUGACGACAUUCAACAACUUCCGCGAGACAAUCACCGACGCAAUACAAAGAAAUUUCGGUGAAACGCCGGAGAUCGACGAAUUGGACAUACCUGAGGAAUUCAUGGAUUCAUUUAAAUAACUUGAUAAAGAAGCAUAACUGAUGACAUUGACACUAUAAUACACACGUUUAUAUGAG